CAUGUUGUUGGACUACUGCUGUCGUUGUUGUGGAUUCACACUCAUAAAACGCCAUGGACCCUUCUCCCUCAAGACUACACCCAGUGAUACCUGGGUCGUCCUGCAGAAUCUGUUGAUGUGCAUGGUGUGCUUCUACUCUCUCUACUACAUCGUGGUCAGUCUCUGCAUCGGACUGCUCAGGGUUCACGAGAUCAACAGCUUGUUGGCUCCGUUUGACUACACAACACAACCGUCAUGGCAGAACCCCAAGUACCUGGUUGGUGUAAUUUCCACAGAAGUGACCUAUGUUUUAGGAGGGCUGGUGUUUGCCUGGAUCGUAGAGGAGUGGGUCUGGGAUUACGCUAUAACUGUCACAUUGCUGCAUGUUGCGAUGACUGUGGCAGUGAUGUCAGAUUUCCCUUCAGCUGAGCACUGGUGGAUUGCUCUGGGUUCAGGCCUGGUGAUGAUGAUAUUCGGAGGACAGCUCUUGGCCUAUAAACUCUUCAGAAGCAACUUUGUCUAUCCAGCUGAACUGCAGAACUUCUAAUGAACACAAUGAGAAAAGCUUUUAAAUUGCUUACAGGUUAAUCUCAUGUCUGGUUGCAUCCCAGUGAGUUCACCUUGCAAGGUUCAUGAACACUAAAGUAUAUCUCUCAAGAUGCACUUUGACAGCUAGAUAACUGUUCAUUAACUUAUUGUCCUUGUACAAAUAGCUCAUAUACUAUUUAACAGUGUUUUUUGUACCAUAUUCUGUACAGUUUGAAUAUUGUUUUAUAUUUUUUCUUUACAAACUUCAUACUGUAACAAAAUGACACCUUUAGCAUUCGGUAAAAAGCCUGGAUUUUACAGCCAUAAAAUAUGUACUACCAGAAAAUCUACUGAGUGAUAUUUUUGCAGUAGUGAUUAAAGUCAGCUAUUUCCCAUCAGUGUAAUAUUUAGAAUGUGUUACAUACUAGUUCUGUCUAUAGUGUAGUAGUCUGAUAAAGAAAAUAACAAGAAGAAAUCACGUCAAAUCUGUGCCACAUGUGGUCAGAAAACUGAACAAAUUCAAAUCCUUUGUAACCUGAUCUCCUCAUACUUGUCUAAGUGUGAGUGGAUUCUGUUGGUUUCAUGUUUAGGUGCUAUGAAAAGGUCACAUCUACACCACAAAUAAUGAUUUUAA